GAAUGCAUCACGAUAAAUGAGCCUGGGGUUAUUUGAACUACCAUGACUAUUUAGAAUCUGAUCGUGACAAUGUAUCUCUGCCCAUGGUGGUUCUCUUAUCCACGCGAGAGGAACAGUGGCCAAGCCGCUAGGCCAAGGGUGGCUACCGCGUGAUCGGUGGAGUUCUCCACACCUGCCGAUAACUUUCCAAAAACUUUUUGGCAAGCGCGACCAGACCUUUCGCACGUCGCAACAAGCAGCGAUACCGCCACCAUGUCCUCUGCCCAGGAAAUCGAGACGAAGAAGCGCAAGCGCAAGCACAAGAGCAAGACCCGCGAGGAACCUGUCAUCGCAGAGCCUGUCAGCAACGGCGUCGCAGAACAGAAGCAGAAGCCCCGCAAGAAGGCCAAGAAGGAGCAUACGCCCGAGCCUGACAUAGCUGAGGAUGUGGCUAGCGAUGCCAGUCAAGAGGAAAACGAGGAGGAGCUCAAUGCAGAGCUGAAGAAGAUUGCCGCUGAGGCGAAGGGCGCCGAAGCAGAGAAAGACGAAGACGAGCAAUCCGACGACGAUGCUGACGACGUGGAGAAGGCAACCGGCGCGAACGCAGACCUUGUUGCGAGCACCUCGAUGCCGACCGUCGACGACCCCAUCAAGUUCUCCGACCUCAAGAUGAGCGAACGCACGAUGAAGGCGAUUGAGGGCAUGGGCUUCGAGACCAUGACCGAGAUCCAGAGGCGCGCUAUACCGCCUCUACUGGCUGGAAAGGAUGUGCUCGGUGCUGCGAAGACUGGAUCGGGAAAGACCCUGGCUUUCCUGAUCCCCGUCAUUGAGAUGCUCUCCGCCAUGAAGUUCAAGCCUCGCAACGGUACCGGUGCCAUCGUUGUGGCGCCGACCCGCGAGCUCGCACUGCAGAUUUUCGGCGUUGCGCGAGAACUCAUGGAGUCUCACUCGCAAACCUAUGGCAUAUUUAUGGGCGGCGCAAACCGUUCUGCAGAGGCUGCCAAGUUGGUCAAGGGUGUGAAUCUUAUGAUCGCAACUCCUGGAAGGCUACUCGAUCACUUGCGCGGGACAGACGGCUUCGUUUUCAAGAACUUGAAGAGUUUGAUCAUCGAUGAGGCGGACAGAAUCUUGGAGGUUGGUUUCGAAGACGAGAUGAGGAGUAUCAUCAAAUGUCUCCCGAAAGACAGACAGACGAUGCUUUUCUCUGCCACGCAGACAACAAAGGUCGAAGAUCUCGCACGUAUCUCGCUCAAGCCAGGUCCCCUUUACAUUAACGUCGAUUAUCAUAAAGAGCACAGCACGGUUGACUCUUUGGAGCAAGGCUACGUGAUUUGUGACAGUGACACCCGCUUCAGGUUACUGUUCAGCUUUCUAAAGAAGCACCAGAAGAAGAAGAUCAUUGUGUUUUUCUCUUCAUGCAACGCAGUGAAAUACUAUGCAGAGCUACUCAAUUACAUAGACCUCCCAGUCUUGGAUCUCCAUGGCAAGCUCAAACAGCAAGCUCGUACAAACCGUUUCUUUGAGUUCUGCAACGCAUCGUCUGGUACGCUCAUCUGUACCGACGUAGCUGCACGUGGACUCGACAUCCCCGAGGUUGACUGGGUUAUCCAGUUCGACCCGCCGGAUGACCCGAGAGAUUACAUUCACCGCGUGGGACGUACUGCGCGUGGAAGCAACGGCAAGGGCCGAUCCUUGAUGUUCCUGCUACCCAGCGAGGUCGGCUUUCUCAAGCUACUCAAGGAAGCGCGUGUGCCAUUGGUGGAGUUUGAGCUGCCAGCAAACAAGAUAUUGAACAUCCAGUCCCAGCUCGAAGCGCUGAUUGGGAAGAACUACUACCUGAACAAAUCAGCAAAGGAAGGGUACAAGGCCUAUCUCCAUUCGUACGCGUCACAUUCGCUGCGGUCUGUGUUUGACGUGCACAAGCUCGAUUUGGUCAAGGUCGCCAAGUCGUUUGGGUUCUCAACGCCGCCGCGCAUCGAUAUCACACUUGGCGCUAGUCUGGCCAGAGACAAGAAGGUGGAAGGAAGGAGAGCGUACGGGAGCCAGCCUCAGCAGGGCAGGCGGCCAAUGAAGCCGAACAAGCGAUUCUGAUGUAUGGGCACGAUGUCUGCAUUUCUGGCGUAUGGUGUUGGUUGAUGGGUCGAAUCCCGGCAUCAUCUGCGAACGUUGGGGGACGGGGAUGCCAUGUUCGUAACUUGUACACUUUGCAAUACCAAGCUUCUGGGUGGAUAGAUGGAUCACUGUACCCGUCACUGUUGCACAAGACCGGUGAAGAAAUCUAGCUUCCAACCGGGAACCAGUCAAUGCACUGCAGUUGCUUCCUCGCCCCAGCUGCCACUUCAUCGCCUCC